AUGGCUGCCAAGUUUGCAGAUUCUGGAGAUAACAGGUGUGAGCCACUGAUUUGGUCUCAUCCUCCUCCAUCAGCCCGCUCUGGCUCCAAUGGGGAAAUAAAGUCUGAUCCUUACAUCAUCACAAGCCUGGAAUCUGGAGAUGAUGAAAAUGCACCUAUGGAACUCCUCCAAAGCUUUUGGAUGCUUAGAAAAUUAUUUAGAAUACUAGUACUCCAGAUGCAGAGAUUGAUCCAGAGUCCACAUCUCUAUGUGGACUGCCUGACACAGAUGUCCAUAUUUAUUAUUUUUGGAUGUAUAGACAGUCUGCUUAUUGCUCUGAUGGCAUACAAUUGGUUUGUGGCCAUCUGUUAUCCCCUACAUUACUCAAUUAUCAUGAAUCUUCAACUCUGUGCAUUGUUAGUGUUUGUGUCAUUUUUGUUUAGCCUUUUGGACUCCCAGGUACACAAUUUGAUUGUCUUACAAUUUUCUUACUUUGAGAAUAUAGAAAUUUCUAAUUUCUUCUGUGACCCUUCUGAACUUCUUAGUCUUGGCUGUUCUGAAGCCUUCAUCAUUAAUAUUACCAUGUAUUUUAUUGUAGACAUCUCUGGAUUUCUUCCUAUCUCAGGGAUAUUUUUCUCCUACUUUAAAAUUGUUUCCUCUAUCCUGAGAAUCCUAUCAACAGGUAGGAAGCUUAAAGCCUUCUUAACCUGUGGGUCCUACCUAUCAAAUGUUUGCCUAUUUUAUGGAACAUGUCUUGGAGUGUACCUCAGUUCAGCUGUAUCACAUUCUCCAAGAAAGGGUGUAGUAGCCUCAAUAAGGUACACAGUGGUCACCCCUAUGCUGAAUCCCUUCAUCUACAGCCUGAGGAACAGGGACAUUAAAAGUGCCCUGAGGAAGAUUCUCAGGAGGACAUUGUGA